CUAUUACCAACACUCUCUGUGAUAAUAUGGCUCUUACACUUCUACGUACAUUCUCUCAUUUUUUCACCAUUGUAGCUUCACUUUCAACACUUCAUCUUCUCCCCUCCUCUUCUUUCAACCCUAGAAACAUUUCAUUUGCUUCAUACACCUUCUAUUCAGAUUGGUCACAUGCUCUAGCCACUUGGUAUGGACCUGCCCAAGGAGACGGCAGUGAAGGUGGUGCUUGUGGUUAUGGAAGCUCUGUUGGGGAACCUCCAUUCUCGUCAAUGAUAUCUGCUGGAAGCCCUCUUUUGUAUGAUUCAGGCAAAGGUUGUGGUUCAUGUUAUGAGGUGAAAUGCACAGGAAAUAAUGGAUGCUCAGGGAACCCUGUGAGAGUAGUGAUCACUGAUGCAUGCCCAGGAUGUGACUCAGAUGCUGAAUACCACUUUGAUUUGAGUGGCUCUGCUUUUGGUGCCAUGGCAGUUUCAGGCCAAGAUGAGAAACUACGUAAUGCUGGCAAAAUAAACAUUCAAUAUAGAAGAGUUGAAUGCAGUUACCCAGGUGUGUCAAUAGCUUUUCGUGUGGACAGUGGAUCGAACGAUGAAUACUUUGCAAUACUGAUUGAAUAUGAAGGUGGUGAUGGUGAUCUUGGGAAAGUUGAACUGAAGGAGGAAGAUUCAGGUGCAUGGUAUACCAUGGAGAGAUCAUGGGGUGCAGUUUGGAAACUUGACAAAGGGUCUCCACUCAAUGCACCAUUCUCUAUCAGACUAACCACUCUUAAAUCUCACAGCACCAUUGUCGCUAACAAUGUCAUCCCUAAGGGUUGGACCCUGGCUCACACAUAUAGAUCAAUCGUCAACUUCUGAAUCCAAACUUUUCUAUUGCUUGGAUCAUCUCCUUCUACCUCUACUCUGCUAAAUAAAACUUAAAUCAGUUUAUGCUAUUUCACUGUUUUUUUCUUUCUUUUAAUUAUCCUUUCUUUUGUUCUCUCUUUUAAAUCUUUAAUAUUUUGGAAUGUAAAAUUAUCAACUUGUACAUGCCACUAUAUAUGUAUGAGGUUUUGAUUUAA